UUAAUUAAUAGCGACAUUAAAUAAUGGUCUUCGCAAAACGUAAAACACAGCGCACUGAAGAACCGUCGAAGUCACAGCGAAUUCGUAACACGACGAUGAACUAAUUCUCUCUCUAGAACAGAUCUGUUACGCUCUCUAGCAGAAUUUGGCUGUGUUCGUCUCUCUAUCUAGCUACCAUGAUUUCGAUGCACAAGCUCAAAUCAGUGGAUUUCUACAGGAAAAUUCCCAGAGAUUUGACAGAAGCAUCAUUAUCUGGUGCCGGAUUAUCCAUUAUAGCCGCCCUUUCCAUGAUAUUUUUGUUUGGAAUGGAACUAAGUAGUUAUUUGAAAGUGAGCACAGCAACAUCUGUAAUUGUUGACAAAAGUUCUGAUGGGGAAUUUUUGCGCAUUGAUUUCAAUAUUAGCUUUCCUGCACUCUCAUGUGAAUUUGCAUCCGUUGACGUGAGCGAUGUCUUGGGAACAAACAGGUUAAAUAUAACAAAAACCCUCCGGAAAUAUCCAAUUGAUUCAAAUUUAAGACCUACUGGCUCCGAGUAUCUGGCAGGGGUAACUUCAAGAGAUAUUAAGCACGAUGAUGAAGUUGAUGAAGAGUAUUCUGAAGAUUCUGUUAUACUGAAUGGACAGAAUUUUGAAAGUGUUGCACAUAGGCACCCAAUUUUGGUUGUCAAUUUUUAUGCUCCUUGGUGCUAUUGGAGUAACCGGCUGAAACCUUCAUGGGAGAAAGCAGCCAGGAUUGUUAGAGAAAGAUAUGACCCAGAAAUGGAUGGCCGUAUUGUUUUGGGGAAGGUUGACUGCACUGAACAAGCUGACUUGUGUAGAAGGCAUCACAUACAAGGGUAUCCGUCUAUUCGCAUUUUUCGUAAAGGAAGUGAUCUUAGGGAGGACCAUGGGCAACAUGAUCAUGAAUCAUAUCAUGGAGAUCGAGAUACAGACACUCUUGUCAAAACAAUGGAAAAUUUGGUUGCACCUAUUCCAUUGGAGUCUCAGCGGCUGGCAUUAGAGAAUGUUCAAGAUGAUGCAAAAAGACCUGCACCAUUAGUAGGAGGUUGUAGAAUCGAAGGUUUUGUGCGUGUUAAGAAGGUUCCUGGUAAUCUUGUCAUAUCAGCUCGUUCGGGGGCCCACUCCUUUGAUGCCUCUAAGAUGAACAUGUCGCACAUCAUUUCCCAUCUUUCCUUUGGUAAAAAGAUCACUCCUGAAGUGAUGAGGGAUAUGCAGCGAGUAGUACCUUAUCUUGGUGGAAGCCAUGACAAGUUGAAUGGCCGGCAUUAUAUCACUAACACGCUUGAUUCAAAUGCCAAUGUUACUAUUGAGCAUUAUCUUCAAAUCGUGAAGACAGAGGUGAUAACAAGAAGAACUCUUCAUGAGGACAAAGUAGUCGAGGAGUACGAGUACACCGCUCACAGUAGUCUUGUACACAGUUUGGAUAUCCCUGUUGCGAAAUUCCAUUUUCAACUAUCUCCGAUGCAGGUAUUAAUAUUAGAAAACUCGAAGUCCUUUUCGCACUUCAUCACUAAUGUCUGUGCCAUUAUUGGUGGCGUUUUCACGGUUGCUGGGAUAUUGGAUUCAAUCCUGCACAACACCAUGAAAUUUGUGAAGAAAGUUGAACUAGGAAAGAAUUUUUGAUAGAAAUCUGAAAUUUAGUUGAUAUACAUGAAUAUGCUCCAUCGCCCAUGUAAUUCAAAACUUUAGCUCUAACGAGAUGAUGGUACUGUAUAGUAGAUUUGUAACUGAGUACUGGUUAAAUAUAAGAACCGGAACAGUUUAGCCAUUCCAGUUGAUAAUAUAGAAAAUAAUUUCGUACGACAUGCCAA